GGAGUUGCUGGGUCAUCUGGCGACAUAACUCAAAAAGGGUAUGAGAAGAAAAGGGCAAAGCUGCUUGCACGUUACGUACCACUUAUUCAAGGAGUAGACCCGUCUCUGCAAGCAGAAAGUAGAAUCCCUGGGCCCUCACAAACCACAGCCUCUGCACCCCAGCAGCAGAAGUCUCGGUCUACCAACUCGCGGGAUGAGCGCUUCCGGUCAGAUGUCCACACUGAAGCUGUGCAAGCCGCUUUGGCCAGAUACAAGGAGAGGAAGAUGCCUAUGCCUUCAAAAAGACGUUCUGUACUUGUGCAUUCCUCCGUGGAAACCUACACCCCUCCAGACACGUCGUCUGCCUCAGAAGAUGAGGGCUCUUUACGGCGACCUGGGCGACUCACCUCCACUCUGCUCCAGAGCCAUUCCAGCGUCGAGCCCUGGCUCGACCGGGUCAUUCAGGGCUCGUCCACCUCAUCCUCUGCAUCCUCCACCUCAUCUCACCCGGGAGGGAGACCCACCACCGCUCCCAGUGCUGCUGCCACGCCAGGGGCUGCUGCCGCCAUUGCGCUCACAGGCCUCGCGGCCCACGCCCACAUAG